GGCCGCUCGCUCACCAGCCAAAAAAAAAAGUUUCCAGCCUUAUCAGUAGGCCCGCCAAAAAAAAUUCAUAGGAACUCUGCAAUCUAGAGCUUCAACUUCCAUCUCGCAAACUUCACAAACAAUUAUUAUCCCAACACCACAAUCCCAAGAUGCGUCCUCUCACCGAACCAGAAACUCAAACUCUCUUCGCCAAGUUGGCAGGCUAUACGGGAAACUCAUUGAAGAAUCUGAUCGCGCCGUUGGACAACACCCCAAAUGCUGAUCGAUAUGUCUUCCGAGUCCAACAAUCAAGAUGUUAUUAUGUACGAUUAUCGCUCGCAAACCUUGCGACUUCUAUCUCUAGAGACAAGUUGUUGUCAUUAGGAAUCUGUCUUGGAAAAUUCACAAAAUCAGGCAAAUUCCGCAUUCACAUCACCGCACUCCCUAUCCUCGCCGAACACGCCCGCUACAAGGUCUGGGUCAAAGCCAAUGGAGAAAUGCCAUUCCUCUACGGCGGUCACAUUGUGAAAGCGCAUGUUGGAAGAUGGUCGGAAGAUUGUCCCGAGCAUCAGGGUGUUGUUGUUUACAGUAUGAACGAUACACCAUUGGGGUUUGGGGUUACGGCGAGAAGCACACAGGAGGCUAGAAGAUUGGAUCCUACCGGUAUUGUUUGUUUCAGACAAGCGGAUGCUGGAGAGUAUUUGAGAGAUGAGGAUACGCUUUUUGCGACUUCUUAGGGGGAGGUCUUGUACUUGGAAGUGCUGAAACGGAAUGGAGUUUGGGAUAUAAAACGGCGUUUAUAUGGUGCAGGGAAAAGCAUAAUUAUAGGCAAGUUGCCAUUCCUGAUGCAAGCUUGCUUAGACAAAAUGACAAUAUUUGAUGAUCAUUGCGAUCUCAUAUGAACAAGCUACUAUACUUCCAUCUUUUGUUUCGUUCAUCCAAUCUUACAUGCCAUCGUUCUAAUGCCUGAAUUGUUGGCUACAUUUUUUUGUUUGAUGGAACCAAAUGAAUUCAUAUAUCUCAAUGCUAUGUCGAUCAUACUGCAUCAUUACUUUCGUCAUUUUCCAGAUCAAAUUCAAGCCGUAGCGAUGGAACAUAGGGGGCGUUGUUAUACAAACAUCGAAAGACAACAAACCUAACGUGUGCCAGGUGCAAAGUUGACAAUCGAUGUGUCCUUCAAUUUUAGUUUACCCUACACUUUCGGUCACGUCUACUUGAAUGUAAUUUUGGGAGUUACAAUUGAUCUUGAACAGUAGGGACGCAAGCAGCGACAUGAGCAAGGGGACAAUUAUCAAAUCUUAUAAACUCA